GCUUCAAUGUCAAACCCAUAAGGGCUGAACACUCAACAAGCAAUGAACAGGCGUUUUAAGAAGUUGUAUUCGCGUCCACAUCUGUUUCUGCUCACUUAGCACCCAUUGUCUCAUUUUCCAUUACACAUCUGUCAAACCAGCUGUCAUGGUGUCACACAAGGAGUUUGUGACUGCAGGGAAGGAAAAAGGGCUGCAGGUGUGGCGUAUUGAGAACAUGGACCUGAAGCCUGUCCCCAAGGCCCUGCAUGGCAACUUCUACACAGGAGAUGCCUAUCUGCUCCUCUACACAACUGCAGCUCCCUCCUACUACAUACACAUGUGGAUGGGGGAUGAGUGUUCUCAGGAUGAGAGAGGAGCGGCGGCCAUCUUUGCCACCCAGCUGGAUGACUUCCUGGGCGGAGGGCCGGUCCAGUUCAGAGAGGUCCAGAACAAUGAGUCCAUCACCUUCUUGGGCUACUUUAAGUCUGGCAUCAAGUACAAGCAAGGGGGCGUGGCUUCAGGCUUCCAGCACGUUGUGACCAAUGACAUGAGCGUGAAGCGCUUGUUGCACAUCAAGGGGAGGCGGACCAUCCGGGCCACGGAGGUGGUACUGUCCUGGGCCAGCUUCAACCAGGGAGACUGCUUUAUCGUGGACCUGGGCAAGGAUAUCUACCAGUGGUGUGGCAGUGAGAGUAACCGCUUCGAGAGACUGAAGGCCUCCCAGGUGGCCAUCGACAUCAGGGACAACGAGAGGAACGGCAGGGCCAAGCUCCACAUGGUGGAGGAUGGUGCUGAGCCACAGGAACUCACUGAGGCUCUGGGGCCCAAACCCAGUAUCCCCCCUGGCACCCCUGAUGAUGAGAAGGUGGACACCACCAACAGGAAGAAGGGUGCUCUCUACAUGAUCUCCGAUGCCUCUGGCUCUAUGAAGUCGUCGGUGGUGGCCUCGUCCAGCCCCUUCAAACAGGCUAUGCUGAGUGCCGAGGAGUGCUACAUCCUGGACAACGGAGUGGACAAGAACGUCUUCGUAUGGAAAGGACCCAAGGCCAAUGCAGCCGAGCGCAAAGCAGCCAUGUCAGCAGCCCAGCAGUUCAUCAAAGAGAAGGGCUACUCCGACAAAACACAGAUCCAGGUACUACCAGCAGGAGGCGAGACCACUCUGUUCAAGCAGUUCUUCAGUGACUGGAAGGACAAGGACCAGACCACGGGUCCCAGUAAGGCCUACACCAUCGGCCGCAUCGCCAAGGUGGAGCAAGUGCCCUUCGACGCCUCCACCCUCCACUCCAACAACAACAUGGCCGCCCAGCACAACAUGGUGGACGACGGCAAGGGCAAAGUCCAGAUCUGGCGUGUUGAGGAUGGUGAUAAGGUGGCUGUGGAUCCCUCCUCUUAUGGCCAGUUCUACGGAGGAGACUGUUACCUCAUCCUCUACAGCUACAGGCUGGGAGGCAGGGAGCAGCACAUCAUCUACACCUGGCAGGGGCUGAAGUGCACCCAGGAUGAGCUGGCAGCCUCUGCCUUCCUCACAGUGAAGCUGGAUGACUCUAUGGGAGGAGCCCCUGUUCAGGUGCGUGUGACCCAGGGUCAGGAACCCCCCCACCUGAUGAGCCUGUUCCAGGGCAAGCCCAUGAUGGUCCAUAAUGGAGGGACGUCCCGUAAAGGAGGACAGUCGGGUACUGGCAGCACCCGCCUCUUCCACAUUCGUCAAUCCUCCACCCGCGCUACACGAGCUGUAGAGGUAGAGCCCUCUGCCUCCUUCCUGAACACCAAUGACGUGUUUGUGCUCAAAUCUCCCACCGCCAUGUUUGUGUGGAGAGGCGUGGGUGCCAGUGAGGAGGAAAUGGCCGCCGCCAAGCACGUUGUGGGUUUCCUGGGUGGCAGUGGCAGUAAUGUGUCUGAGGGCAAGGAGCCAGCUGGGUUCUGGUCUGCCCUGGGAGGGAAGAAGGAGUACCAGACUUCCAAGAGUCUGCAGAACAUGGUCAAACCUCCACGCCUGUUUGGCUGCUCCAACAAGACCGGAUGCCUCAGUGUGGAAGAGGUUCCUGGAGACUUCCAACAGACUGACCUGGCCACUGAUGAUGUCAUGUUGCUGGACACCUGGGACCAGAUCUUCCUCUGGAUCGGCAAUGAAGCAAAUGCAGAAGAGAGAACUGGAGCACCCAAAAUAGCUAAGGACUAUGUGGACUCAGACCCCUCUGGACGCAGAGGACUGUCCAUCACCACCAUCAAACAGGGGGCUGAACCCCCAACCUUCACUGGCUGGUUCCAGGCGUGGGACCCCAAAAUGUGGGAAACAGACCCUCUGAAGAUAAUCCAUGCCCGCUUCUAAAUGCCAAACUCCACUCCGUUACCUAUCUGGCACUUACACAUACGCAUGUCAUUCCCCCGCCCGCUCUUUGGAUCAGAGUACCAGUAUAACACCCUGGACUGCUAUUUUAAUUAGACUUGUUUUUAUGCCAUAACGUUGUCGCUUUUAGACUCAUACGAAACAUUCACCUAGCAUGCCUUUUUUUAUCUGCAGUUGGAGCAGAGAAAAGAAUGAUCUUUUGGAGCCUGUUUAUUCCAGUAGUCUAUUGAAUCCAACAGGUAUUUGGUUAUACUUUGUGAAGUCAUGAUAUGUGAUUACCAUUGAGACGUAGGUCUCAUUUGAAAGCUGCAUUUUAACAGGAUAUCUCUGCCGGAGAAAUAUGUCUGCUCUUCUUCUUCUUCUUUUACAUUACUUUCGAUGAUUCUGAAAUGGUAUUAUGGAUGGCUUUUUCAAUAAAUUCCAAGUAUUUCUAGAGGAACUCUAGAAACAUGUGAGAACA